GGCGGCGGCGUGGGAGGUGCUUGGCGGCACUUGCCGGCGGGUGGCGUGAGGGGCCGAGCCGGGGCCGGUGUCGGGGCCGGUGUCGGGGCCGGUGUCCGGCGGCCGCGGGGCUGCGGGCCGUGGCAGGAUGAAGCUGACCACGCAGGCCUACUGCAAGAUGGUGCUGCACGGCGCCAAGUACCCGCACUGCGCCGUGAACGGGCUCCUGGUGGCCGAGCGGCCGCCGGGCCCGCCGCGCCGCGACCAGGCCGCGCCGCCGCCGCUCUUCGUGGACUGCAUCCCGCUUUUCCACGGCACCCUGGCUCUGGCGCCCAUGCUCGAGGUGGCCCUCACCCUGAUUGACUCUUGGUGCAAAGAGAAUAGUUACGUGAUAGCUGGAUAUUACCAGGCAAAUGAACGUGUGAAAGACGCCAGUCCCAACCAAGUUGCUGAAAAGGUGGCCUCCAGAAUUGCAGAAGGCUUUAAUGAUACAGCGCUCAUAAUGGUUGAUAACACCAAGUUUACAAUGGAGUGCAUAGAACCUGCCAUUCAUGUGUAUGAACUUCAUGAGAACAAGUGGAGGUGCAAAGACCCGCACGUAGAUUUUUGUGAAGAUUGGUCCGAAGCCCAGAGAAUCGCUGCAUCUCUCUUGGACAGCAAGUCCUACGAGUCGCUUGUAGAUUUCGAUAAUCACUUGGAUGAUAUCCGGAAUGACUGGACAAACCCAGAGAUCAACAAAGCUGUCCUCCACCUGUGUUAGAGAGACUUCUACUGACUAAUUUAUGGGCAUUUCCACUAUGUACUGAAGACACAGAAAUGAUAUUUUUGAAUGUAAAUAGAGUAAUAUUCAGUACCUUGUGUGGAAACCCGACUGAUUAAAAAAGAGUGGCAUGUCACAUUGCAAAGAGUGAUGUGUCCUUAAGCAAUCAAAUCUUUUUAAUGAGAUUCCAGGAAAGAACUACAAACUGUCAGUUACAGCUGCCCCUGUGGAUGUAUUCUCAGUUGUAGUGAAUUUUACUAUAACCUUCAAAACCAGAACUACUUCUGCUUGUCCUCAUUGUUUAUAUUAACAAAUUUUAACUAAGCUUUUGUAAUAUUUAGAGUAAUUUUUAAAGAUCUAUGAGAUAUCUUUCAAAAAAAAUGAUUCUUGUCCUCAGAUGAGAUAUUUUAAGGUCAAAUACAUAAACGAAAUCCAAGGUUAACUAGUCUUGGGGUGUCACUUGGAAAUGGCAUUAUGUCAGGGCAGUAGGGGGUGUAUUGCUGAAGAUGAUGCACCAUGCUUAUGUGGCACCUGUUUUGCAGCAGUUUAGCAUGGCACAGCUACAGAUAAUGUGUUAAGCAGUAUUCCCAAAGGAUUCCCAAAGUGAUUCCUGCUCUCCCUGGACAUACAACCUCAGUUUCUGCUUGAAAAAGUUAUAAUGAAGGUAAAAACAAAUGCUUGCCUAUUGAUUUGUUUAAAAAAAGAAACAGAAAAAGGGACUGGAAGCACAUCAGUGAUUUUGAAUGAAACUUCCAAAAGAGUUUGUCUGCCUAGAAGAGGAGAGUGAAAUACCAUAUUAAUUGUAUGCAGUCUUUUCUGUCUUAUUUUUAAACAGAUUUAAUUUUCAGCAGGUUCAAGUGGUGUCCAUUUAAGAAGUCCUAGAAUGUAUCUCUGAGUUGAAAGCAAAUGAUCUGAGUAUGUUGGAUCGAGGAGUCUAGAAGUACUCUAAUUAAGCUUCUGUCUAUCUUUCUAAUCACUGUUGGUUUCUAAGAAUAAGUUUACUGGUCAAUGAGAAAGCUUUAUAGCAUCAUUUCCUUUUACAUUAUUUUUAUAUGUAUUAAUUUUUAUCAGGUACACGAAAGGCAGUGUACCCUACUUGCUCUUUCUUUUCACUGCAUUACUGUAAGUACUUAAGCUGGUGAACCUAAUGAACUCGGAAGGAUUAAUUUUAUGUCAUUCAACACUUUUUACCAGUAAUGGUUUUGAUGGAAAGAAAACAGCUUAGUUGAUCCACUGUUGUUGUAGCAUCAUCCCCAGCACUUUAAAAUAUACUUGGUGUGGGGAAUAUCACUUGGAUCUUCUGUGGAAUUUUUGAUGGAGAGGACAAAAAGGGGUCUGAUGCAUAGACAGCCUGCCUGCUUUGGUUGCCUGGUGUCGAUGCACGUGCCUGGUGUCAGUCUGGGACUACAUAUGAUCAUUUCUUAAUGAGUCCCGUUGUCUUGCUUCUAAUGGAUGUUUGUCAACUUAAUGUAGCCUUAGCCUUUGACUAUUUGUCUAGAUUUUCUGCUCCUCCUACCAAAAGUCUUUAUACAGUGAAGAUACAUGUUUGUCUGCCACAUGAUUCACCUGCUCCAAGUUCCUGCUUUUUUCUUAGUGCCCUUAUUUUAAAAAAUGAGGGAUGGGGUUGUCGAAACUUCUUGGUCUACCUCUGCUUCUGCUUAGAUAAGCACAAGUUUUAUUCUUGAUCUUAGCAAGCGACAGGAUAAGGCUAAAAUCGUACUGUGAAGCAGCGAAUAGAAUAAAAUGUUCUGUUCAGUCCUGCUUUGGCACUAACUGCAAUUCAGAUUCCACAGAACCAUUAUAUCUGAGGUUUGGUUCCCUGUCCAAGGAAGAGAAAGAUAGUGGUUUGAACUGAAUGGUUCUGUUUGACCCUCUGCUCUACAGUAAUAAGGUAUGGUGGGGAUUACAAAAGGGAUUAGCACUUCUGUUUUAAGGAAGACAAUACAAAUAGUCUUUUUUAAAGCUUGAAUCAGGUACACUUGCAGGAAAUGAAAAUGUUUUCACUUAUUGAAUGAAAACUACUAUCUAGCUCACAAGCAGUGAGAAAAACAUAUUUCAGAGUCUGUUUUACUACCCAUCUAUAAAAUUUCUUAGGAACAGCAAUGUUCUGGCAGUGCAUGUUCAGAGUAAACUCUACAAAUCACACAUACUGCGGGAAGAAAACUAUUGUCUUACUUUGUACAAACAUCUCAUGAAGUCUAAAUCUGUUGUUUCCAGUGACAGAUGUUAUCUUAUCAAGACAUGUUGCAUUAGUUAUGUGAGGUUAUUAACCAACACUGAAAUAUAAGCUGGUAUGUCUUCUGAGCCACAGGAAAUGUAUUUCUCAUUUUUUGUAACUAGAUGUCAUAUAAUCAAGCUUUGAUCAUAUAUAUGUUAAUACAGUCUAAUCUGUCCUUGCACACACUGCCCCCUCUUUUCCUCUUAAGGCUUACCAAAAUGAUAAAUGAUUUAGAGAGAAUAAUUUCUUAAAGUUGCAAAAUAAAAUUAAGGCAAAGCACAAUGUGUAUCAUCAGGCUGUAAUCUGACGGAAAUGAUGAAUGCUCCCAGUGACUAACCGCUGAGACAAGUUGCAAGAAGGGGAGCAGCUUCUAAUGCUUUAUCUUUCCAUUUUUUUUUAUCUUCUUCUAUUUGCUUUUGCUUUUCAGCAAGGUCCAUCAAGUAUUUUGCCACCAGUAAAGGCAAGGGCUGGCUUUAAGCAAAAAGGAUAAGCGCUGUAGUGUUCAGAUCUUACCUCACCUAUCUUAUUUGUAUUGAAGGCUGAACAAAAACCCAGGAAUUUCACAAAGCCAAGGCAACCCAGAGCCAGAGCAACCCAUGUAAAAGAAUGAGGAAGCUGCUGGGCUCCAAGGAGGCCGUAUUCUCUUUUCCUGAUGACUUACCUGUGGGAGCAACUGCUGGUUUCCUGGCUUGGGGAUGAACUGGAUUAAUUAGAGGCAUUGAAGGUAACUCAUUUUAAAACUUCUUGGGGAAGAAAGCUUGAGAAGGGAGUCUGCAUCUCCAUUAGUGGAACUCUCAUGAUAGCUUGGAAGAUAGCAUUGGGAACACAUCUGUCUCACUCCUUUAUUUGUUUUGUUAGCCGUUAACAACAUGCAGAGCUAAUUUUUCUUUCUCUCUGUUCACUAAGAUUUGGAGUUGUUGCAUUUGCCUGCCCAGGGCUCUGACUCGCAGCUCUUUUCCUUUACCUUAUCUGCAGGACCUAAAGCAUUUGAAAGUGGAUAAUUCUUCCAGUAAGGUGUGGGGUUCUUUUUUCCACCGUCAACUCUAAUGUUUAAAAAAAGCAGUAAUAAAUAGAGCCUGUAACUAACUGAUAA